AUGGGCAGGUCGCGACGAGCUGGACGCAAGGUCCAGCUCAGGCGAUUAGCACGAGCGUACGCUACCCCUGGGGUCUUUGACCCCAGGAUAUUUGACAGGCCCUUAGAGCCUCAACCACCCGCUCUCCCGCUUCACCCUCCGGCACCCAACAACCCUCCGCUAGCCCCCUGCCAUCCACGCCUCCCACCUCCAUACAGGCCACCGGACCCUUGCCCGGUCAGGACGUGGGCUCCGCGCCCGCCGAUCACCCCCGCAUCGAGGCCUCCAAGAUCCAGCCUGGGCAGCGCGCCUCCUGCACCACCGGCUGAUGCAGCAAAGAGGCCACCGCAGGAACCAAGGCCACCGCAGGAACCAAGACCACGGCAACCACGCAUGGCCCCGCCCCAGACUCGGCCCUGCAUCGUCAGAAUUGAGGCCCUCCCCCAGAAGAUCAGGAUCGUCGGACGGCCCAGGACCCAGCUCCGAGCCGCCAACGACAUGCCCUCGCUGGGCUAA